ACAAUGCCUUGCUGUCUCUCUCUCUUCCGGUUGUCGUGCGCUUCGUGUGGCAGCAGACACUGAUCAGAAAUGGCCAAGUCGAAGAACCACACCACACACAACCAGUCUCGUAAGUGGCACAGAAACGGCAUCAAGAAGCCUCGAUCUCAGCGCUACGAGUCUCUCAAAGGGGUGGAUCCCAAGUUUCUGAGGAACAUGCGCUUUGCCAAGAAACAUAACAAGAAGGGGGCGAGGACUAUCGCUAGGAAAGCAGCGGCGGCGGCGACUAAAUAGAUGAAGACCGCUGAGUGACCGGUGUACAGAUGUUCUCCAGUAGGACUUUAUACCAAACACAAUAAAGCCAUGCUUUGGGAA